AUGUUUAUGAAUCCGGUCUCAGCAACUGGUGUACAACUUCCAGCUGUAUACCCUUUAGUGAACAUUCUGCUGCCUCUUUUAAAUAACGUGUACAAUCUUCUUCUAUCAUUGUUAUCCAUAUUUGACACAUUACCACCAGCUAUAAGCUCUUUAAUACCUGUAGACCUCGGUGCUUUAGAGACUUCCUUACUAAAACUAUACUCCCAAGCAUUAGCUAUAGUGAAUUUCCUGAGAUCUUUACCUGAAUAUGCCGCUGGUGCCAACCCUAAGUCGCCUUGCUCUAACAUGCAAGGUCUACUCACAACCCUGGUUACGGCCAUCACAGAACUGGCUGAUGAUGCACUGGUUCUUAUUGGCGGCGGUCUUCUACCAGGUCUACUCAGGAUGGUCGUCAUGGCUGUUUCAUCAAAUCCUUUGUAUGAUCUUAAAGUUUGUCCAACUACAACUUACCCUAAUUACGGUAAUGCUGACCAGUUGUUCAUAAACACAGGCUAUAACAAUCCAUAUCUUCAGAAUCUGUUGCUUUACAAUCAAUUGACACCUAAUUCACCAAGCAAUACAAUACCAAAUCAGCUGACUAAUUUAUUUGUACCAAAUCAGCAAUUUUAUGUCCAAAAUGCUUUCGAUACAUCAAAAAUUUCUGAACCAUUAGAAAAUCAGAAAGUAUUAAGUAAUUACAUCUUGGUUCCGGAAGAAUAUAACACUAAUUAUGGAAAUAAGGAUAGAAAAGUGUCUAGAAACAAUGAGAAUAAUUUAAAAACUAAUAAUAAAAAGAGAAGAAGAAAACAGAGAAAGAAUACAUCAAAUAUACAAGAAAAUGGGGAUGGAAAUAACAGAAAAAGAAUUUCAGAAAUAAAACAAGGAGAAGUUAAUGAGGAUGUAAAUAAAAAUUCUAGAACCAAAAGAAAAAAAUCAAAGAAAAAUCGACAAAGAAAUAAAAUAAGACCAAUAAGUACUGAAAAAAUCGUAGAGGAGAGAGAAAAAGAAAAUUUAGAGAUUUUAAAACCUGAAAAUAAUGACGUGAUUACAUUAGAUGAAAAGGAAAUAAAUAAAAAUGUACCAAUACGAAAAAAAUGUGAUCCUGAAGUAUCAACAGUUUCAACUUCAAAAUCUGAGCCAAAGAAAGAGGUUUUGGGAUUCGAUAAUGUACCCGUAUGUUUUGAUAUAAAUGAAGAUUGUACUGAUCUUGACUGUCGUCACACACGCAAUAAGGAUGUCAACACGAGAAAUAAUAAACCUAUUUCAAAACCACAACAAAAUUCACCAAAUAAUUUCAUGAAUUUAAUGAACACGUUUGGUGGAAACACACAAAUGAGCCCAAAUUUCUUCAACAACAUGAAUUAUCCUUUUAAUUUUGAUUAUCUAUAUCAAACUUCGCAGACGACAAAUGCUAAAACAAGAGAGCCGGGAAAUAGACGUAGAAAUAAGAAACGAAAACCACAGAACAGACAGACAAACUCUAAUAGAAAAGUCAAGGAGUUCAAAUCAACUACAGAAAGUUGUGACAAAGUUGUUGAGUUAGUUCCUGAAACAACUGAAAUUGAAAUAAGUACGAUCGCUUCAAUAACUACUACUGUCACUGAAGAAGUAGAUUCCACGCCAGUUGUUGAAAAAAUUGAAAAAGUGAUUCAAGAAACACAUUUAAACAAUUUUAAAUCAAACAACGAAAAGCCAACUACAGUUGACAUUGAACAUGUGACUGAAGUGACUAAAAGAGACGAAAAUAUUUUGUUAUUUGAUAACUAUAAUGAUAUUAUGGAUGAGUAUUAUCCAGAUUUUACUUCAGACAAAUCAUACUUAGCAAGCAAAGAAGAUUAUGAGUUCACAAAUUUCCAGGAUAGAUAUUACUACGCGUAUGGAGAUGAGACAGAAUUAAAUAGAGAAAGACGAAAGUACGAAAGUCAUAAAGAAAAUCAAUUACAUGAGAAUAAUAAAAUAAAUACUAAUAUUGAAACAGAAGUUAUAAGUGAACCAAAUCAUAAUCAAAAUAGUGAUAUAGCUGUUACUACAGUAAGUUCAGAAAAAUAUGUCGAAAAGGAACAAGAAUUCCCAUCGGCUCUAGAAUUUCCUGGUUUCAAAACUGAGAUGGUUGAUAAAGAAGAAUAUUUCUCCAAUAAGAGAAACUAUGAAUCAGAAACGAAUAAUUAUGGAAGAAAUAAAAUGUUUUCUUAUUCGGAUUUAAAGGAAAUUAUGGAGGCCAAUGAAAAUUACAACAACAAUGUUGAGACAGUGUUCGCAAAUUCCAAAGUAUAUAAGUAUGGUACCCAUGUAAACGAGGCAACGACAAGUGUUCCUCAACCUGUAUGCAGAAAGGAACACAGAAAAACUAUAUCCGAUAAUAAACCAGUCAUAAUCAUAGCAAAAUCCAUACAUACUUAA